AUGACCAAGUUCCUCCUCGAUCAUGGCUACAUCUCAUUGAGUGACUCAUUCGACAAGACUGAUCUUGCUAAAAUGGUACUCACUAUACACAGCUGCCUUAUCCGAGACGCCUUGCUCGAGCCCUCUGUCAACUUUCCUCAAGGUUUGCCAGCCAUCAUUCGAUCUGUUGCUCACACAAGAAUCAAUUAUAUCCUCAAGACAAAUGACCAACAACUCAUUGAUGAGUUGUUACCAAACAAGGUCAAUGUCAACCCCGAGGUCAGUCCACAAUUGGUUAGAUCAUUGAGAUCUUAUAACCUACCUUCAUUAUCGAGUUCGACUGUGGAGCAGUAUUGGAAACACAUUGAAAGAAUGUCACUUUAUGGACUGAUCACAGAUGACCUCCAACUACUUCACAUCAAGGCCAUUGAAUCACUUGCUCAAUCAAAGGAAAAGAUGGAGACAAUAGUUGGUGUCGUCGAGGACGGAUCUAGAGAUGGCACAUUCGUUGAUGAUCAGUACAGAUUGAUAGUUAUAAAGAUCAUAUUGGCAAGAUUUGACCCUAUCAAUUCAACAUACAGCAUCAACCAGGGUGAUGCCCUCAGAAGCUAUAUUAAGACUGGAGAUUGUACCCUUAUCCCCUUCUUUGUUUCGAUGAUCAAGGACUCAACUGUGCAUGGAAAGGAUAAAAUGAAUAUACUGAUGGAGGUCAUUCAAGAUGGUACUUGGACACAGGCCAAGGUCUUAACUGCAUUGUUCGACUCAUAUACGAUCGUGUACACCAGUCUCCCAAACCCCAUCUUCAACGCCGACAACUCGCCACAAAAGUUAAAGAUACUUCAACAACUCAAUCUCAAUGAGGGAGUUGUCUUGGACAUGGUACAACGAGUUUCACCAUUCCAAGGAUCAUUGGAGAUGCUCCAGUUCCUGGUAUCAGACACCAACAGGGUCAUCCGAUUCAUGUUGAUAUACCCUGACAUCGCUCAUUUGUCAUACGUGAUCAACAAUGCGCCAGCAUUAAUCAAUCUCGAAGAACAAUUUCAGUUGGCUGUUAAGAUGGGCCACCAUGACAUGGUCGAUUUGCUCUUCAAGAAUUACACACCUCCAUCAAGUCUCAACUUACUUCGACUGACCAUGGCAGGUCGUCCUCAGUACUCAAUGUUCAAGAAGCUAUUGGACCAUGGUGUCAAACCAAACGAAACGACAUUUGAAAGAAUUGGAUAUAUUGGGGACGUGGAGUUGGUAUCAAUAUUGAAGCAGAGCGAUCGAUUGUAUGAUUCUGGCCCGUGUAUAUUUAUUGCACGUGCCAUCAAAGUGAACCAGACAGAGUUCAUCAGGUACAUAUAUAAUAAUCAUCCAACACCAUGGAUGAAGAAGCAAUUCAAUUUCCGUUUCCACUUGGACUCCAUUAAGAUGUGCAAUGUUGAACUGCUGGAUCUGAUCCUCAGCCUUGACCCUUUAGAAAUCGAUUGGAAAACAUUCAACGACUUGGUGGCGACAAAGAAGUCAUUCAUCAAAGAUCCAUUGUACACAACAAUUUUAUCGUGGUGGUGUCCAUGA